AGACUAAAAAAGUUUGGCUCGGUCUGUUUGAAAAGAAUCAGAGACUUUGGAGGAGGUGAAAUUCACAUUUGCAAGAUCUGAGACUUCAGAUGUUUUUAUUAAGAAGUGUAGCUUUGACUUUGAAGAUCCCAGAAUUCAAGGAUGAGAAACUUGCAACUGUGUCCCAUCACCGCUCCGGCUUCAAACGGAUUCUAUAACUCAGAGGAUGAGAGAGACAGAGAAAAAAAGGCUGAAAAUAUGUGAGUCAGAAUCACUCCCAACAUUUGGUUUUGGAAUAUUUCGAGCAACUGGAACAGUUCUUUCUGUUCUGGAUGAGAGGCACACGGUCACGAUAAAUAACCAAGUGAUUAUUUUAAAUUUUUGAUCCAUUCAGCAUUGUCCUUUGAGAUUUAAAAGCUGCUCUUGUUGUUCUGCUGAAUUCGGCAGUCUGCUACUUCUGUUUCCCCGUGUGGUGAAGAUAAUCUGUUGAUCCUGCGACUGACGAUUCGAGGCUACGGACAAUUCAAGGCUACGGACGAUUCCAGGCUUCGGACAAUUCAAGGUUUCGCACGAUUCAAGGCUUCGGAUGAUUCCAGGUUUCGGAUGAUUCCAGGCUUUGGACGAUUCAAGGCUUUGGACGAUUCCAGGCUUCGGAAGAUUUAAGGCUUCGGACGAUUCCAGGUUUCGGACAAUUCCAAGCUACGGACGAUUCCAGGUUUUGGACGAUUCCAGGCUUCGGAGUUUCCUCUUCAGAUUACGGAGUAAAAAACUGCCGGCACAUUGAAACACAACUCAUUCCUCGAGUGAUAAAUGGUGUUACAUUUACGGCGUUCACCUGGUGAAAGGUGAAAUGGGGAGCGAGUAGAUGAUGACAAGACUUUCCCCUUCUUUCUCCACUCUGACAAAUUUCCCAGGCAGCAUCCCUGAGGUGUUUCCUUCUCGGGCUGGGACGGCGUUUACCGAGCCGACACCAUGAACCCUCGUGGCGGCCCCAACGUGUCGGAGUUGAUCUCUAAAGCCGUCAGAGCAGCCGUCGCCACUCAGGAGUCCGACACGUGGUCUCCGCGUAGAUUGGAGGAAAGCACGGCGCCGAUCAACAACGCGACAAACUCGGGGUGUCCCUGGUUAGGGAACUGGUCUUACCGGAACGUCGGAGGAGUUUACGGCGAGCAGCAGGCCGGCAGGAUUUACGGGCCUCCGUGUCCUCGACGAGACAUGGCCACGGAGAAGAACUGGGCGGCGCUGCUGAUUCUACUUGUCAUCGCCGUCACGGUUUUGGGCAACAUCCUGGUGAUCCUGGCCGUCUCUCUGGAGAAGAAGCUGCAGAACGCCACCAACUAUUUCUUGAUGUCCCUGGCAGUUGCUGACAUGCUCCUAGGCAUCCUGGUUAUGCCCGUCUCCAUGGUGACCAUUCUCUACGAUUACGGGUGGCCGCUGCCCUCUGACCUUUGUCCCAUCUGGAUCUACCUGGACGUCCUGUUCUCCACGGCGUCCAUCAUGCACCUCUGCGCCAUCUCUCUGGAUCGAUACAUCGGCAUACGGAACCCGAUCCACCACAGCCGCUUCAACUCCCACACCAAGGCCCGCCUCAAGAUCAUGGCGGUGUGGACCAUUUCAGUCGGGAUCUCGAUGCCGAUCCCGGUGUUGGGACUCCGAGACCACUCCAAGGUCUUCAAAGAUGGCAGCUGCCUGCUGACCGAUAACAACUUUGUGCUGGUCGGCUCCUUCGUGGCCUUCUUCGUGCCCCUCACCAUCAUGGUCGUCACAUACUUCCUGACCAUCAACGCGCUGCAGAACGAAGCCACGCUCUGCCUGGACCAGCUCGUCCCGCGGCCCAAGUGGAGCACGACCUUCACGCUGGGCUUCUUGCCACAAACCUCGCUGUCGUCUGAGAAACUCUUCAGACGCUCGAUAAGCCGCGAGGCGGGCGGCAGAGGGAGCGGCAGAGGGAGCGGCAGUGGCAGCGGCGGGCUGGGAGGCGGCCGCGGGAGCGUCUCCGGCACGCUGUUCGGACGCCGCACCAUGCAGUCCAUCAGCAACGAGCAGAAGGCGUCCAAGGUCCUCGGUGUAGUGUUCUUUCUCUUCGUGGUCAUGUGGUGCCCGUUUUUCGUCACCAACGUGCUCGUGGUGGUGUGCGAUCCGGCAGUGUGCGACGCAGGACUCAUGGGAGGCCUGCUCAACAUUUUCGUGUGGGUCGGAUAUUUGUCAUCCGCAGUCAAUCCGCUCGUCUACACGCUGUUCAAUAAGACGUACCGAGCGGCUUUCCUACGCUACGUUCGCUGCCGGUACCAUCCGGAGAGGAAGCGUCUUCAGCUGAUUCUGGUGAACACCAUCCCGCCGAUGGCGUACAGCUCAACCCAGAUGCCUCUGAGCGCCAUCUCCAAGUUACAAAACGGAGUGGUGCACUCCAGUGGCAAUGGGAAGGACUGCUCUUUACCUGGACGGGAAAUGGAGAAGUGUAGGCCGGACAAAAGUCACGGAGACAAGGACGAGAGCUGUGUGUGAAUAU